AUGCGAUAUAGCCUGAUCGUCCAACCUCGCCUCGGUGCAGGUUCUAAACAGUUUCCGGAACUGAACCUCGUUCUCGCCGACGAUCGGAAGGCUCUCAUUUUUGCGCCCAGUCCAGAGGACGUUCAUGGUAUCUGUCGACACCUGCGCACGCUGUCGCGGGCCAUCGCGCCCGACAAAGACCCGGAGAGACGCAUCCUGAUGUACCGCGACGGGUGCGGCAGGGAGUUUGAGCAGUUGCGAGCGAUGCACGAGGACCCUACUGCUCAGAUUGUGGUUGCUGUAGACCUGCUCGCCGCGGACCUCAGGAAAGAGACACUAAAGGAGCAUCCCGAACUACCUGAAGGCCUCUCCGGCUCGGAGGAACUGCCGACGCGAGGGCACUUCGUACUCUUCUACGACCGCCGAGACCUGGAUUGCAUGUUCGCGUUGCCGCUGCAGGAGACCAUGCGGAUCUUGAACUGGUACCCCGCCGAAGCCUUGCAAUUCCUGCGCAGACAUUGUCCAGACGACAUCAUGCCACUUGUCCGCAGCUACGGUGACAUCGCGACUGACGGAUCGCUGACUCGGCCCGAGAUGUACUCCCUCAUGAAUUGGUGGUUCCCGGCGUGGAAAUGUUACGCGAGGGAAUCCGGGCAGGUAGAAGAACUCUUAGGGGAUCGAACGAAGCUAUGCACGUGCGCGCGCUGUUCGACGGACGUUGCGAGUAUGGCUCCGCCUUGCUCGUGUUGGCGCUGCAAGCUAAUCACGACGCCCGCGGCUGGCGGCGAGCUGAGCCCCCUUCCGAUGAAUCCUAGCGCAAUCAAGCCUGCAAACGUGCGCAGGUCACGCAGCUCUGCCUGUACCCAACGCAGAGUACGCGCGCCGUAG